AUGGUUAUCGAAACCAUUAUGGCAAUUGUGGACAUUCGUAAGGAGUACGCGAAAUGGAGAGGUGGAGUAUUAAAUAAAACAAGAAAAGAGUUCAUCGCGGAAGUGGUUGACAAAGUGAUAUUGGCGCUUUUUCGUACCGGCGGAAGUAUCGCUGGGACGAUUGUAGGUCAAAUUUUUAUUCCUGUUCCAAUCGUUGGUGGCCUCGUUGGAGCUCUACUCGGAAUGUUUGGCGGUCAUUUGGUUGGGAAAUGGUUCUCAGCGCAAACAAAGGAAGCUUUUGGGCAGGCCAUUGACGCACUCAUAAAUGAACUUGAUGAAAUGAAAGCAAAACUUAAAGCUCACUCACAUAAAUUCGAGCAAAACAUAAAAAAUAUAUACUGUUUCUCUCCAAAAUGA